CUUAUUUGAUUUUGACGACUGACGUUGACCUUAGUAAAAAUUUUCUUUCUGACUUCUGAGUUCUGUGAUAAUUUUGUAGUUUUGUAUUUUGUGGCCGUGUGAUGUGGAUUUAGAUGAUAGAAAAAUCCUCCACACAAUUGGUAUUUUAGGAUGUGUAUAGAGUGCAGUGUAGCGGCCGUGUUGUUUUAUUAUCGUGGGCAAUUUAUGCAUUAGUUUUAGUGUCAUUGAAUUAUCACGAUGCGUAUCGGUUUUGUGUUAUAUUGGUGCGUAUUUGGUCUUCACCUGUGUAGAGCGGACGAUGGGGAGAGGACAGAGUCCAGAGAGGGUCGGAGGGCGCAAUGGGGGCCAAUGGUGCGGAGCAGCUCGUUUAUGAGCGAUUCCGCCGCUGCAGCCUCAAAUGAACUCAUAUUACUAGAGGCGUGCAAGAAUGACGCCUCGUGCCUGCAAGACCACGCGGGGCUCGAAGCCAUCACCCAAUUGCAUCGGCAGCUAGAUGACGACGCGAAUGGCAAUGUUGACCUCAGCGAGAGUGAUGAUUUCCUCCGCGAGGAGCUGCAAUACGACAGCGGGUAUGAGAAGAGGCAGCGGGCGUUCCAUCACAACGACGAUAUGCACAUCUCCGUCAAAGAGCUGUGGGAGGCGUGGCUGCGGUCUGAGGUGCACAAUUGGACUGUGGAGCAAACAGUGGAAUGGCUGACGGAAUCAGUGGACCUGCCGCAGUACAAAGCACUGUUCAUCCAACAUCGAGUCACUGGUGCUACUUUGCCAAGGCUGGCAGUAAACAACAUGCAAUACUUGAGCAACGUCCUUGGCAUCAAGGAUCCCAUACAUAAGCAGAAACUGGCGCUCAAAGCAAUGGACGUCGUACUAUUCGGACCCCCAAAAGAAGGCAGUCGAUGGAAGGACUGGUUGCUCGCGUCCCUACUGCUUGGUGCUGUGGUCGGCGGCUGGGCAGCGCUGCGGGCCGGCCGUGCGAGCCGCCACCAGGUACAAAGGAUGCUACGUGACAUGGAACAGCUCAGAAAGGCUGAGAUGGCGCUGGAUGACAUGCAGAAGGAACUGGAGAAGGCACGUUUGGAACAGGAAAACGUGACAACGGAAAAGAAGAAUCUAGAAAAGAAACUACGAGAAGCUGGCGAUACUCCGACAUUGAACGCCGCCUCUUCUGACCUCGAAGUGUCUCAACUGAAAGCCGAAAUUGAAAUGCUCAGAGCAGAACUGCGCCGUGCUGAAGGUGAGCUCGAAGACAGAUGCUGGGCUCCUCCCCCUGGGUUGCAGCAAUGGCUGCAGUUAACUCAUGAGGUGGAGAACAGGUCUUAUCUGCGCAAGAAACAGCAGGCGGAUAUGCAGUUGCAGCAGGCUAGAGACGCGUGUGAGAAACUGCGCAAGAAACGCUCCAGUCUAGUCGGCGCGUUCGUGUCAACACACGGCAAAUCCAUAGACGAUGUGGAUCGAUCCAUCGUCGAGGCCAGAACUGCGCUUAACGAAGUCACGCAAGAAUUACAGGAGCGCAUGCACCGGUGGAAACAAAUAGAGCGCCUGUGCGGCUUCAACAUAAUCAACAACAACGGGCUACAGUUCCUAGAGAGCACCCUGUACAGGACUGCCAACGGACGACAGGCCGCGGGUAGUAGAGUGCGCAUGAGCAGUUCGCAGGACGACCUGAGCGUGGGUGACGACACUUCCCUUUGCGGCUCAGUGACAGAUAACUUCGGAUGGCGGGAAGACUCGUCGGGGAGCGAGGCUGAUGCACCACACUAUCCGUUAGACCUCAGACUCGCUGAGGCUAGAUUGCAACUAGAAGAGCGCUUAGCUCAAGAGGCGCGGGAGAAAGGGCCAGAAGAGAGAAGGUUGAACGAUAAGCGAAUCGCUGAAGAGCGAUUGAGAGGCUCAUACAAUGAUGUCAGGAAGAGUCCCAUAGACGACAGGCGGCGUGAUCCCGUACACUUUAUAUUGGGAGGAGACAACGUGAACUGGACAGGGGAAGACCUAACACGUGCAGUUCACUCGCAAUCCCAACCUCAACUGCGCGCUUCCAUGCGAAGCAUUAGCGGGGCACCGCUACCCCCACCCAGACGACCUGUGUCCUCCGGCCAAAUACAGCGAUCCCGGAGCACCGACAUAGUCCCAUACAACCCGGACGACCCAAAACCGCAACAAAAGCAACCAUUCACAAGACAGAAACCUGUAGCAGAAGGUAACGAGAAUUCUGAAUCCCCUUCUAGCAAUACUCCCCCAGAAGAAGAAUCCACGGAUUCCUCCCUAAUGGAUGAUGAAGGUAUUCCCAAACCGAGGAAGCGGCGUCUACAUCUACCCUUCGGGAAAAAGGCUAAAACCCCAGCGUGACAAUCGUCCAAAGUACCGUAUUGUUGCGAUUUACUAGUUCCCAAUAGAUAUCCCAUGUGUCAAAUGUAAGGAUAUUGAAUAUGCGUAUUUAUUAUCUGAGAUUCCGAUUUUAUAUUAGUUUAUUUUAAGAAAGUGCAGUAAGCGCAACCUAACGCUUUCUAAAAGUAAUAAAAUACCGUACCUUCAGUAUAAGACAAUGGGCUACACCAAUAAAAUACAGUACCCUCAAUAUAAGAUUUUACGUUUACGUUGAUAGUAUUUGACAGUCGAAACACUUUAGCGUUAAGGUGGAUGCGACAGGUCUGCCCGCGAAAUUCUAUUUGGUUUUUCGCAAUUUGUAAACUAAUACGACAAAGUAGACUUAUGGCAUUUUAUUUGCGACAAUAUGUUAUACUGAGGGUUGCGAGAGUGUGACCGAUGUUGAUUUCCUUAACCUUUACGUCAACUGUCAUCGGUGAAACGGUAUACCUAAUAGGUACUCUCCGAGAUUCCGAUUUUAAAUACAUGUAUUUAUUAUUCGACAUUUAGGGUUUCAAAUAUUCAAUUACAACCGAAAUUAAUAACCAAUCCUAUCUAUAAUCUGUUGAUAGGUUACUUAGCAAUGUUGUUAUUAAUAGGCUAUUUGGCUAAUUUAUAUUUAUAUAAAUAUUUUUGGAAAUCGUUUUAAAUUAUUCUU